AUGCUGCUCUCGUUCGUCGGUUACCUGACGGUGCUGAUCGAGAUGUUCUUCGCUGGAUUGGCGAGGCUCCGUCCGCUGAUGGUUCGCUCGCGGCGGGCCCCUCAAGGGGCAAUCCAUCGCCCGCUGAUUCGAGCGGUGUGCCCAUGUCUCCUGAUACCCCCGCUGCUGAAGGUGCAGAACGAUACCCAGGUCUCCACGACCACUGACCCUCUGGAUUGCAUCCCCGAUCCCGUGGAGUACGAUAGCCACCCCAACCACUACGACGGCUUCGACGCUGCCACCGCCAUGGCCAUUAAUGCCAGUGCAAUGUCGCGAUUGCCAGGCGCUCCUGCGCCCGCUUCCGAAUACAAGUUGUAUAGCUGGCGAGUGCGUGCACCCAACUCUGUUGUCCCCUCCUUUCGCCUCCCUCCCUUCCUCUUCUGGCCUCUCCUUUGCGGCAUGUCUGGAAUCUCUGGGGUAUAUUCCGACCUUGUACCAUGUGCUUUGUUUCGUCUUCCUGAUUGA